UAACGUUGAUAAUUUUUAGUAAUCUGAAUGAUCUUGUAUUGUGGAUACCUACCUCAAUGUGCGAAUCUCACAUGACCCGCGUUGUCACAAAUGACGAUUUCUGCGUAAACAAGGGGGACGGGUAGAUGAAAAACAGGAAAUCUUAUUCCGACGUAUAUCCGCAAGUUCGCUGUAGCUAUGGUCACGGUGCACCAGGGCCCUAGAAAAUGAAAUGGUCAGACUUAUCAUCGGAUGUUGUUUACUAGCCGACCUCACGCCUGCGAUAAAACAAACGAUGUUAUUUGCAAACGCCACAGUCGUUCGUCGCGCGGCAGUUUGACUGCACGCUUGGACGUUCAAAGUGCCGGUAUUGUGCCCGUGUUUAUCGAGUAGACAUCAACCAUGGAACUGAACUUUAUAACCACGUUGAUCAAGCACGAUGUGAACCAUAAUGUUAAACAGUGCUUCAAGUCAAAGAAACCUUUCGUAAGUCGGAAAGAAGAAGUAAUGGCGAUAAAAAGCAAAUUUCCCACAAAAAUACCGUUAAUAGUAGAGAGAUAUCACAAAGAAAGAAAUUUACCCACAUUGGACAAAACAAAAUUCCUAGUGCCUGAAGAUAUCACCAUGUCACAGUUUUUAGUCAUAAUAAGAAACAGGAUAAGAAUCAAGCCAAAUCAGGCGCUGUACCUAAUAAUCAACAACAGGUCUAUGCUGAGCAUGAGCCUGACCAUGGCGCAAGCGUACGAGAACUACGGCGACGAGGACGGCUUCCUGUACAUCACGUAUGCCUCACAAGAAGUAUUCGGAUACAAAGAUGAUAUUGGAGGAUCAGAUAACGAAGCUCAAGCGAUCAGACAUAGAUUUCCAAAUAAAGUACCGCUAUACGUGCAAAGAUUCGUGCGCGAGCGAGAGGUCCCAGCGCUCGGCAGAAACAAAUUCCUGGUCCCUCAGGAGCUUACUAUGUCCCAGUUCUUGUACAUCAUCCGGUCGAAGAUGAAACUCAGGGACUCGCAGGCGCUGUAUUUGUUGGUGAACGACAAGGUGUUAGCAAGCCACAGCAUGACAAUGGAGCAGGCGUACCAACUGUUCAGGUCCGACGACGGCUACCUUCACAUCACGUACGCAGCUCAGCAAGUCUUCGGAUGAACAUUGUGGAUAUUUCAAGAUGGUUUGGCAUCACAACGGAAGUUUCUCUAAUUUUCUGUUGAUAUAAAGACUGAUAGUAUUUCGAUUUUCUAAUUUGUGAUAACUGCGUGUAAGAUUAGGAUUUAAAUUGGGAACCACAAACAAAUGUAAUUAACUACGGAUAAGAGCUGGUCCUCGAACGAAAUGGCAUAUAAUUAGUACAGUCACUGACAAAAAUAAUUUAGCAGAUAAAUCGAAUACAAAUAUUGAGUAAAUUAUUAGUUUUCUGUACUUAUUGUGGUUCAUAUAUGUAUGUUAUCCGUGGUUUAUUGUUUUGUGUACCCGAGUAACAUAGGUCAUAGUAUUAGUUACUCCUACAGUCAUUCUAAAUUAUUUCUAAUUAUCAUUGUAUUUUAAAUUUACAUUGUAGUUUCAUAUUAUUUUGGAGUAACGAAAUGUCAAAAGUGCAAUAGUAUGUGCUAAAUUACUUAUAUGAUUAAUCUGAUCUCAAUUAAACGGACUAUGUUAUUAAUUAAACUACAUGUGUUUUAAAUUAGGUUUAAGAAUUUCUGAAUAAAUUAUAUAUUUGAAA